ACGAAACCCUUGUUUGGGAAUUCCUUUCUUCUCUUCUUUUUUUCCCCCAAAACUAUCAUUCUUUUCACUGUUAGAAUUUCGCGGGAUUGCCUGAUUUUGAGCGAAUUCCUACGAGCCACUAAGGGUUUGUGGCGAAAGAUCAAACUUUUUUUUAUGGAUCCCAAAUACGCAGGAGAAACCUUGAAGCAUCUGGAGAAAGAAAGUGAACUACUCUUGAAUGCCCAUAAAUCAAUGUCAGAUGAAUUGCACAGACUUCAGGUCGAGGAAGAAAUGCUGAUGCGCAAGUUCUAUGAACUUAUGUCUGCUCAUGGUCUAAAUAAGAAGAAAGGUUUCAACGAUAAUGCUGAUGAAAGGCAGAAUGGCCUGCAAGGAGCAGCGACUGACGUGACUAAUGGUGCUCUGAUGAAAGGCAAAACGGCCUGGAAGGAGCUAUCAUCAAUAUGACGAAUGGUGAUCACUAAUGUAUAGGUGAGUUAGAUAGAGAUCUGAUUCCUUAGUUAUCUGUAUAGAAAUCCGUUGAUAGCAUUCUAUAAUUACAGUAUGUCAUUUGGGUGGUCAACUCCAUUGUGGCCCAUCUUGAUUUUAACCUCUUCACUACUACGCAUGUGUUUUCUUUUCUGUUUGCCAUUUUUUUUUUGCUUGCGUUCAUCCAGAUGCUUUUUGAUCGCUUCUCACAUAGAUCUCUCAGCUCCAUAGAAAGUAAUAUCUGCUAUAUAGUAUAGAUAAUACAAGCUGUUGGUGGGAGGUAACAAGUACCCGGUGGAAUAAUCGAGAUGCGCGCAAGCUGGCUCAGACACUACCAUCAUCAACACAAGAUAAUACAAGCCGGUUCCCCUGUUUUCAGACAACUUACUGUAAAACCAAGUCCCACAUUGGAUAAAAGGGAGGGCGUGGAUAGCUUAUAAGUGUUGCGCAACCUUUCACCUCAUGAGCUGGCUACUGGGGUUGAAGUUAAGCGGGUUCGUGACAAAGUGGGCUUAGAGCUAGCCUUGCUUCGUUCGGAGCCAGUGUUGUGGUUGAGUUGGGCGGUCGGACGACAAUGUCAGUCUUGGUGGGAGGGUGUAAAGCCCAGUCCCACAUUGAACAAGAAAGGAAGGCUUGGACAGCUUAUAAGCGGUCUUCAAUCCUUUAUCUCAUGAGCUAACUUUUAUGGUAAAGGUAAGGUCGAGGUUAUGAGAUUAUGCUUAAAUAUUGUGCACUAUGGAGUUCGUGCUAAUAAGUUGAAGGGAGUUUAGACCUCAAACCACUCGCCUUCCCCACAAAGGGGAGAAAUUUGAAUGGUGAAGCUGUGAAGGAGCUAUCAUGACCAUGAUGAAUGGCCUGGAAGGAGCUGUCAUCAACAUGAUGAAUGGUGAUCAGUAAUGUAGAGGUGAGUUAAAUAUUCAAUUCCUAAGUUAUCUGGAUAGAAUUCCAUUGUUAACAUUCUACUCACAGGUAUGUCAUUUGCCAGGGUCAACUUCAUCCUUGUGGCCCAUCUUGAUUUUCCCCCCUUCAUUCAUGUGUUCUCUUUUUUGUUUGGCAAUUUCUUUUAGGCUUGCAAUCUUCCAGAUGGUUUUUGAUUGCUUCUCACAUAGAGUUUUGAGCUUCUUACGAAGCAAUAACUGCUAUGUGCUUUUUAAUAGCAUAGAUGAUACAAGUAUGUCUACAUCUGUCUUCAGCCAUUACCCAUGUCUCUAUCUAGUUUUGUACAAUCGUAGUACUUUCAUCAGCUUAUUGUAACGCCUAGUCCCAGAUCGGACAAGGGAGGCCAUGCAAUCCUAUAAGCAAGCAAUCUACAAUCUUUCAACUCAUGAGUUAAUGUUUGGGGUCAAAAUUUGGCAGGUUUGUGACAGAGUGGUAUCAGAGCCUACCUUGCCUGCUUUCAAGCUAGUGUGACAGUCGAGUUGGGCGGCCCGAUGCCAAUGAGAGAUUUGCCGGUUUGCAUGGGUGAGGGUGUAAUGCUUAGUCUUAUUCUUAAAUCAUACAUGAAAGUAAAACUCGUACUACUUAUAAGGCGUUUGCAAUCUUUCAUCUCAUGAACUAGCUUCUUGGGGUCGAAGUUAUGCAAGUUCGUGGCAUUAUGCUUA